UCCAUUGGACCAUUUCUUCUUCUCUCGGCUGUUCUUCGCAUUAGUUUGUUCUUCACUUUCUAUUGUCGACUUCGCCGCAGAGCCAUUCAAUCUUGAGUUCUUAACGGCUAUCUCUCUCUGCUCCACUGUCUGCCUCGAUAAUCUCGCCUUCAUUCUCGACUUCUGGCCGUCAUUAUUUACAACCUCGUCAUGGAUUUUGCUGUGACGCGCUUCAAUCUAUUGGUUCUUCAAUUGCUUGAGUUGUGAUGCUGUGACGCUGCCUUCUCCAUGUUCUCACUGUGACGCUAGUUAUUGCUUGCCUCUGGUUGCUGAGAUAAGCAAAAAAUUGAAUGCCAACUUUUUCCAUUUGAGGAGGAUUUGAAGGAUAUCUAGACAGGAAAGAGAGAAUGAUGUGGUUACGCGGCGCAAAAUCCUUUUGCCACAUAGAUGCCUUGAGAAAAUCUUCUAAAUCUCCAUGGAUCUAUUUGUCUUUGUUCUCUUGUUCAGACGCUACUCACACAAAAGCAAAGUGUGCCCCUUUGCAGGAAACCAGUAUGAGAGAUAGGUUUACACUACAUGCUAAGGGAGGUGAUGGUGGCAAUGGUUGCUCCAGUUUUCGCCGAAGUCGACAUGAUCGCCGUGGCAGACCUGAUGGUGGAAAUGGUGGAAGAGGUGGUGAUGUGAUUUUAGAGUGUUCCCCUGCAAUCUGGGACUUUAGUGGUUUACACCAUCAUGUUAAUGCAGUGAGAGGGGGGAAUGGAGCUUCAAAGAGUAUGAUAGGAACUCGAGGGGAGGAUAAGGUUGUGCAAGUACCUAUCGGCACUGUAAUUCAUCUUUUGAAGGGUGAACUUCCAUCUACAGUCCAAAACUGUUCCAAAACAGACUUGGACCCGUGGGAACUUCCAGGCACUCUCCAUACCGAUCAAUCAGAAUCUCACUGGCAGUCCAUCUCUAAGAGCACAAACAUGGAAAAAGAAGCUGAGCCAUCGGAUAUUUCUGGUGGCUCAUUAACACAAGCUAAAGGAACUUCAGAGGAAUUUGCAAGCAUACAAGCCAUUCAAAGAGAGCCAGCAGAUGUGGAACAUAUACACUAUGAUGUUGCAGAGUUAACAAAUCUGGGUCAGCAAAUAAUUGUUGCUCGUGGAGGGGAGGGUGGUUUGGGUAAUGUGUCUUCUCCUGAUGUUUCAAAGAAGGCCAAGUUAAGUAAGCCUGGAGUCAAUAGGGAUAUAGUCUUGGAUCCUGAUAUGUCCAGUGAGGAUCAAUCCUGCCUUAGCAGUGGGUUGCCUGGCUCAGAGGCUGUUCUUUUGCUGGAACUGAAAAGCAUUGCUGAUGUGGGCCUCGUUGGAAUGCCAAAUGCUGGUAAAAGUACUCUUUUAGGAGCUUUAUCCAGAGCAAAACCUAGGGUGGGUCAUUAUGCCUUCACGACUCUUAGGCCAAAUUUAGGAAAACUGAAGUUUGAUGACUUCUCAAUCACAGUGGCUGACAUUCCAGGACUCAUAAAAGGUGCUCACGAGAAUCGUGGACUUGGACAUGCUUUCCUACGGCACAUAGAACGUACUAAGGUUUUAGCUUAUGUGCUAGACUUGGCUGCUGGAUUAGAUGGCAGAAAGGGAUUUCCACCGUGGGAACAAUUGAAAGAUUUAGUUUUGGAGCUUGAGCAUCAUCAAGAGGGCCUGUCUGAUCGGCCCUCCUUAGUUGUGGCGAAUAAAAUUGAUGAGGCAGGAGCUGAUGAAGUAUAUGAAGAAUUGAAAAGAAGAGUUCAAGAUGUUCCUAUAUAUCCAGUUUGUGCUGUCUUGGAGGAAGGGGUACCAGAACUAAAAGCUGGUCUUAGGAUGCUUAUGGAUAGUGUGAAAUUGCAGAGACUUAGUUUAGAUAAAAUCGACUGUUCAUGACAAAUUUGAUAGGAAUACUAGUUCUGUUUAUGAUAGGUUUUACAAAAAAUUUAUGCCCAUCAUAUCGAGUUUCAUGUGGCACCUAGGGCAUCUUGAAAACUAAGCUUGUGCAGGAAUUGCCGGAUAAGCAGUUGGCUAUUGAAGGGGCCUCUGCAAUGGGUGCCCCUUGUCAAGAAUUUUAGAAAUUUUAGAUGUAACUGACAUGUUUCUUUGUAUGAUUUAUUUAACUGCAGGCCCCAUAAUAUCUAAUUGAGAUCAAUCCUAUUGGAGUUA